CCUUCUCAGGGUUAGCGGUGCUCGGGUCCGGUAACAACAUGGCGGCGUCCGUGAGGGGCUCCUUUGGGCAAGGGUAGUGUUUGGUGUCCCUGUCUUGCGUGAUAUUGACAAACUGAAGCUUUCUUGCACCACUCGACUUAAGGAAGAGUGUACUCGUAGGCGGACAGCUUUAGUGGCCGGCCGUCCGCUCUCAUCCCCCAUAAGGAGCAGAGUCCUUUGUACUGACCAGGAUGAGCAACAUCUACAUCCAGGAGCCUCCCACGAAUGGGAAGGUUUUAUUGAAAACUACAGCUGGAGAUAUUGACAUAGAGUUGUGGUCCAAAGAAGCUCCUAAAGCUUGCAGAAAUUUUAUCCAACUUUGUUUGGAAGCUUAUUAUGACAAUACCAUUUUUCAUAGAGUUGUGCCUGGUUUCAUAGUCCAAGGCGGAGAUCCUACUGGCACAGGGAGUGGUGGAGAGUCUAUCUAUGGAGCGCCAUUCAAAGAUGAAUUUCAUUCACGGUUGCGUUUUAAUCGGAGAGGACUGGUUGCCAUGGCAAAUGCUGGUUCUCAUGAUAAUGGCAGCCAGUUUUUCUUCACACUGGGUCGAGCGGAUGAACUUAACAAUAAGCAUACCAUCUUUGGAAAGGUUACAGGGGAUACAGUAUAUAACAUGUUGCGACUGUCAGAAGUAGACAUUGAUGAUGAAGAAAGACCACAUAAUCCACACAAAAUAAAAAGCUGUGAGGUUUUGUUUAAUCCUUUUGAUGACAUCAUUCCAAGGGAAAUUAAAAGGCCGAAAAAAGAGAAACCAGAGGAGGAAGUAAAGAAAUUGAAACCCAAAGGCACAAAAAAUUUUAGUUUACUUUCAUUUGGAGAGGAAGCUGAGGAAGAAGAGGAGGAAGUAAAUCGAGUUAGUCAGAGCAUGAAGGGCAAAAGCAAAAGUAGUCAUGACUUGCUUAAGGAUGAUCCACAUCUCAGUUCUGUUCCAGUUGUAGAAAGUGAAAAAGGUGAUGCAGCAGGAGAUUUAGAUGAUGAUGGAGAAGGUGAAAGUGCAGAGCAUGAUGAAUAUAUUGAUGGUGAUGAAAAGAACCUGAUGAGAGAAAGAAUUGCCAAAAAAUUAAAAAAGGACACAAGUGCGAAUGUUAAAUCAACUGGAGAAGGAGAAGUGGAGAAGAAAUCAGUUAACCGCAGCCACUGUGUAAGAACUGCUGCGUGCCAGGAAGUGGUAGGCUCCAGGAACAUGAAAAUAAAGGAGACAUGGUUUCUAUCUGCGAAUGUUCACAAUAUAGUCUGUGGAUCUGCUCCACAUCAUCUUCAAUCUAGGCCUGGGAUGAAGGAACAGCUCCUCUCUGAAAUGUGCUACUCUCGUGGCAGGAGGAAAAGAGUGAUGAAGGAAUGAUAUGCUGGCUCUUAAAGCAUCUGCUUUGAAUUGGCAUAUGCUACUUUAUUUCACUGGCCAAAGCAAGUUAUAUCCUUAAGCCUGAUGUCAAUAGGAUGAAGUAUAAACCUUUCAUAGGGAGGAGCAGUGAACUGUUGGAAAAAAUAAUGCAAUCUACUACAGUCUCUAUGAUUUAAACAGAAAUUGCUGUCGACAUCUAUGACUAUGUAGUAAAUUUAAUCAUCAUAUUCCUGGCAGUCUGGAGGAAGAAAAUGGCAAAUAUAAUAAAAAUUAUAUAAUUACCAUUACCUGAAUUUUAAAAAGAACUAUAUAUCAAUUCCUAGUUAUUUCAGACUUCUAGAAGUACAAAAUUCUAAAGGAAAUUUUAUCUUAUCAGUGUUUACACCCAAGGGUGGAGAAGAAUACAGUGGAUAUCUUCCAUAAUUUCACAGAUGAAUAACACUUCAUAUACAUACAACAUUAAAUUGUAAUUUUCUUAUUAGAUAUCUUAAGAAUCCUUUGGUUAUAAGGAAUAGAAACCCACUCAAAUUAGCUCAAGUAAAGGAAUUUCUGUAUGAAGGAAUAGGGGAGUUGUACAGAAUCCAGAUAAAAGAAUUGCAUACAGUCUUUUCAAGAAAGCAAGAUGUCAGGAAGUUAUAUUUUCCCUCCUCUUUUGCAGCUUUUCUCUUAUACUUUUCUUUUAUUCAUUUGUUCCAUUAUCCUAUACAUACCUGUUUUCUCCAUAGAGCUCUAAUCUGCUGCUUCUUGCUGUUCCGUUCUUCAGAAGUAAACUGACAGGAUUUCUGUGUCCAAAAUCUGAAUAUUUGGGAAAGAGAAUCUUCUUGGCAUGGCCCAGGUCAGGUGUCCGCUCAAUUAUGCCAUUGAUAGAGGAAAUGGAAAGCCAUGAAGUAUGCAGAUGUGGCAAGGAUGGGUAGCUCCUCCAAUAUCUAUCCUUCCCUCUUACCAGAAUGCCAGUGUUUAACUGGAGUCAUGGCUGCUUAACUGAAACACAUUCAUCAGUCUCCUUUGUUGCUAAGUAUGGUCGUAUGACCAAAUUUUGGCUAAUGAGGUAAAACAGAAAUGUGUCAGACAUUCAGGCCGUUUUAAAGGGAGGAAGAAAGCAGCUGGCCCUCUUUCAUACCUGCCUCUUCCUGUCAGCCUGGCACACAGAUUUGAUGACUUGAGCUAAGGACGGUAGAAUAGAGAGGUAGAACGAGCAUGCAUCCUUGAAGACUUUGUAGAACCAUUGUUGCAGCUUGAAAUGCCUACCUCUGGACAUUUCCUAUAUGAGAUAAACUACCUUUCAGGUUGAUUCAGUCAUAUUAUUUGAAAUUUCUCUUACGUGUGGUAGAACCCAAACUGAUACAAGGCAACUUUUUUUCAGGCCUGUGAGGCCUGUGAAUAGGGCAGGUUCUCUAAGAUGGGAAUACAGCAGGGAGGAAAUGAAUGGCUGCAUCAUUAUUUCUAAUAGUUUUUGUAGUUGAUUUUCUUGUUUUUCCUGGAAGAGAGUCACAUCACUUUGCAACACCCAGCAUCUCUACCCCUCUUCUCACUUUUGGCUGAUCACCUUGUAUUUCAUUAAGAAACAGAAGCAGUGAGAGAGAACUUGUUCCUUUUCCCACCACCAAAUCUACCCAUCUGCAUCUGAAUCUAUUUUCUUCUGGCAAGGGCAACCCCUUCACUCUGUGUCCUGGUCCUCAUAUCCUUUUACUUUCUCAUAUGUUUUGGCCGUGCUAUUAUCCACUUUACUCUUUUUGCUCACUUUGCACCAAGCAUAUUCUUCUCAUACCAAGGUCACUCCUCUUUCAGGCCUCUGCACUUCUAGUUACCUCAGCAUGAAACUUUCUUCUCUGAGUUAUUCUUAGUAGCCAUUCAUUCUUUUUGUUCAGUCCCUUGCUCAAAUAUCAUCUUAACAGAGAGGCCUUUUCAGACUAUACUAUUUAAAACAAUUUUAAAUAGUAUAUUUAAAAUAUACCUCUAUUCUACCAGGGGUACUUAUUCAAGUGACCUAAAGACAAAUUUAUAAAGUUUGCUUGACUUUCAUAAAAUACAUAUGUUAGGAUCUACUCCUCUAAAACAACAACAGCAACAACAAAACCUUAGUAGGUUUAGUAUAUAAUUUAGAAAUCAUUUUUUUCUACAAAGUUCUACAACUUUUUAAGAACUAACCACCACUGUAGUGUUCAUCAACAUUAAUCUUCUAAAUGAGUGGAUUUGUUUUAUUUUGUUAGUUUUAUUGAAUCUUGGCCUUUACGUGUAGUUGUCUUAUAACAGCAGACACAAUAUAAACCAUUCAAUAAUGACCUACUUUGAAGUCUCACAGAAUUCAUUAUGAUUAUUUCCUAGCUUUUUGCUAGUUUUGAUAUGUUAGUGAUAUUUGAUCUCUCCUCCCUCCUUACUCUUUAUUAUUUAGAUAUAGCUAUACCAUAAGUCUCAGUUAUUUAAUUUAUGUGUGUGCAUACAUAUUGAUUUAAUUGUGUUUACCAUUUAAAUGCACCUAUGUGAGUGUUAAACCUUCAGUAGGAUUUCCAUUUUUAUUUUGAAGCACAUCAGUGCCUUGUUACAUUUUUAAAUGUAAUUUCAUAUUUGAUUUAUUUUUUGUGUACUCACAUUUCUUUUACAGAUCCUUAAUACAUGUUACUGCUUUUUCUAAUUCCUAAUUUUAUGUUGUGAACUUAGCCUGCUUUUCAUUUUAACAUUUAUGGUGUUGAUUUACCUACUUCUUUACAGUUAUCUUAUUUUAAAAGUCUAAAAAUUAUAUGAUAAUUGGUGGGUUUCUGCUCUUUCUGAAAAGUACUUUUCUUAAGGUCAAAGGCAGAUGUUAAUUGGCAUAAGAGUUUAAGUUGCUGAAUCACUUCUUUUUAAUCGGUAUUUUCAAUUUGUUCUGGAAAUUCAUUAGAUCAAAGGUAUGUAUGUACUCAAUAGAUAGGAAGUUAGAUUUGUCCUUACUGUAUAUUUGAUUUUCUUGAUUCUAUUGAAAAAAGAAUGUUUUCUUAGCUUUGAAAGUUAUAUAAUGACUUCCUGCCAAUUUCUUCUUCCUUUUAGGUAAGCAUUUACUUUAGUUUUAUUAGUCAUUACAAAUUAAUAGAAAAUUUCCGGAUAUGCUUUUUUGCUCACAAUAUUGACAGUAACUUGAAAUAUUUUAAAGACAGGCUUUGUUUAAUGAAGUUAAAACGAAAAGCCUUUGGCUUGGCUCCAAAGCAUCCAGAGAGAUAUUACGUAGGCCUGGGACAAAGACUAGGGUGUUAUGGGACCUUGUAUUUUAUAUCCUGCUGCUGUUUGGUAAGAAUAAGUUUUGGGUGAAGUAUGUAUGCACAUGUGUAGUCACCUAUAAAAAAUGAUAUAUGUAGCUGACCUGUGAAAAUACAUUUAGUGUGAUAGAAGGUGAGGUUAUCUAAUCUUGAUGGUAUUGGAGAGUAGCCCAGAAAUCAAAGAACAGGAUAACAUUGCAGUUAUUCAACAAACAGCCUUAUUGUUUGGCUUUAUGCUCAUCUUAGGUAGGAUUUCUUAGUAUUUUAGUGAAGUUUUAAAAAUUAUGUUUUGUUCCUUUUAUUGUUUUAGCCUGUGCUGUGUAGUAUGAAAAUAAUUAUGGAACAAAAUGUGCUCACCUUUUAGUAGCUAUUUAAAGAUAUUUGCUCCUAGGUUUUGUGGUCAAUUAAUUAGUAAUAAAAAUACACAUGUUGCUUAGCUUUUUCGUAUAUGUUGGGAACAUAGGUGAAUAAAAGCAAAUAAAGUUAAAAAGCAAGUUGGGAUCUAGAUUAUUUUGUCUUUUUAAUGCUAGGUUUGGAUGUUUGCAGAAGACAAUGGUCACUUGACUUUAAGGAGACAAAGUGAGAGGGUUCCUUUUGUUAGUCAAACUAACUUUAUUUCUAAAUUGUGUCAGUGAACUAUAAUAAUUUUCAGUGGGAAAAAAGGGACAUCAUACUGGACUUAAUAAUACCUGGGUGAUGAAGUAAUAUAUACAAGAAACCCCUCUGACAUGCAUUUACCUAUGUAAGAAACCUUAGUGUGUACCCCCGAACCUAAAAUAAAGUUAAAAAAGGGUGACUGUUAGGGUUUGGCUAUGUCCCCACCCAAAUCUCCUCUUGAAUUGUAGCUCCCUUAAUUCCCACAUGUUGUAGGAGGGUCCCAGUGGGAGGUAAUUAAUCAUGAGGCUGGGUCUUUCCUCAUGCUGUUCUCAUGAUAGUGAAUAAGUCACACUAGAUCUGAUGGUUUUAUAAAGGGGAGUUCCCCUGCACACGCUGUCUUUGCCUGUCACCAUGUGAGAUGUGACUUUGCUCUUCCUUUGUCUUCUGUCAUGAUUGUGAGGCCUCCCCAGCCAUGUGGAACUGUGAGUCAGUUAAACCUCUUUCCUUUAUAAAUUAUCCAGUCUUGGUUAUAUCUUUAUUAGCAGAGUGAGAAUGGACUAAUACAGGCAUAAAACACCUAUUAUAGUACUUAAGCAUGGCCUGCAACACAAAUUGACAACUUAAGACUCUUGCCUUUAGAAAGGAAUUACAACCUAAGGAUGGUUAAAUUGCAGCAUCACUGCUUUCAGUCUUUGAUAUUAUGGUCAUAGUUUGGGAGAAUGUUUGAAUUACCUUAAUUCAUGCAGUUUAAGGUCAUUCAGAGCUUUUUGCUAUUAAUACGUAUAAAAACCCCUACUAAAUACUUUUCAUAAAACUGAUAGUGUUUAUUCCAACAAAGAAAUACAUGAGAAAAUUUUCAGUUUAUUCUUUCAAAAGUUUUAACUAAUAUUUUAAGAGUGUUUGAAAGUUGUUGCUGUGUAUUUAUUUGAACUGUUCUUUUUUUUAAACACUAUAACUGCUCAAGAUUAUUUUAGAUGAACACCUAGCACCUAAACCAGGUAUAAACAAAAUGGAAACAAAUAAAACCUUACAAAGCUGUAAAUCCGACAUGGAAAUAUACUAUGCCAAAGGGCACACUUCAUCUGGGCUCUUUAAGGUGAAACAACUCCCAGUUUUCAGCCAGAGCACUGACCUGGCUUUAGUAUAUUGUGCUAUUGUACAACAGUCUUCAUCUGCUUCACAUCACUCAAGUUCUGUUUAACUUUUUGUUGUUGUUGUUGUUAUAUUUUCAUUCUAAUUCUUAGAACAAAAAGAGAUCCUUUUACAGAGUGUGAUACCUUGAACUAGAAGAGCCACUUAAGUAUAUGUGAACCAAUAUCUAGAGUGCGACAUACCUAUUAAAUCUUAAAGGAAGAAAAAAAAGAAAAGAUGGUUAAAAGAUAGAGAGAUAGAUCAGUGGGACAGAAUACAGAGUCCGCAAGCAGACCUACACAAAUAUAGUCAUCUGAUUUUUUGACAAAGGUACAAAGAUAAUUUGAUUGAAAAA